CGUGUGGUCUGAAAAAAUUACCAAUUCAUCCACCGCAGUCGAUGUGUAGAUUUAUGUAAAUAUAAAAUUGUAGUGACGCAGUGUAUUAAAAGUCCACACCUUACCAAAAUGAAUUCCGCUAAAAGUGAAGUAGAUGAGCGACUAAUCGCCCGGUUUAAUCGAGAGCUCGGCCCAAAUUUGCAAAAUAUGCACAAAUGUGCAGAUUUAGUCAAGUUCUACCGGUCCGAGUUGGAAGACCUGCGAGAGAAGAUAACAGUUACCUCAACGGGCUGUAUUCCAAGUGUAAAAAGUAUGAUCGAAGUCAGUCGUAACAAGUUGGUGGAACUGGACACCAAGGAAGCCAGCGUGGACGAAUUUGAACAGGAAAUUACUCACCGCAUCGAAACCCACGAUAAGUUGAUGGAGAUGGUCGGUGAAAAGAUGAAGAAAAUUCGAGAACUACAGACUGUGCGAGACUAUCUGGCGCUUGUAAAGGACAUCGAAAACAUCAGCCAAGAGCUGGAAUCGUCGACGAACGCAAAAGACGAUAGUAAACCAAUCGCACUGUACGUUGCACUUUCUGGCCCAAACAGUAUUCUUGAUCGGAUACAGGGUCUCGAUGCACCGAACCUGACUAUGUACGCACGCAAUACCGCAUUCCAUUGGCACGACGUGUUGAAGGCGAAGUAUUCGGCCGAAUUCGAGGCGUUGUUGAAAACGAUCAAGUGGCCUAAUCUAAAUCAAACGCUUGAACAAUUUAAUCCAUCGAAAGAUCACAUCAACAAACUGGUCGUGCUGGCGGAAUACUUGUUUUUGCUUAAACUGCCCGGCGAGCAGGAUCUGCUGAGCGUGAAGCUAACGCCAUGGAUCAUCUGUCCGCCCUAUUCAGCACCGGUCGAGUUGUUCGUCAAACCAUUCCGACAGCGAUUUCAGUUUCACUUUACCGGCAACAAGCAAACGAACCGUUUGGACCGACCAGAGUGGUACCUAACACAGGUGCUUUCUUGGGCCAAGGAAAACCACAUGUUUGUUGGGCAACACUUUCAGUCACCUGCACUCCGGGCCGGCAUAUCCGACAGCAGUGUGAGGCUACAAUUCGUACGGGGGGUAGUGCAGCUGGCGGUGGAAAAGUUGAUUGUGGACAUUGAGCAGAUAGCGACGGAUGAGGCACUUUUUGCGCAUCUCAUCGAUGAGGUGCUUACGUUCGAGCAAGAAUUGAAAACCACGCUAGGGUAUCCGAACAGUUACGCAAGCGUUGUCUCCGUUUUGCUUCAACCGGUUUACUUUAUCAAAUGGAUGGCGAUCGAGGAAAAAUUCACUACUGAUAAGAUGGAUGCCAUGCUUGAUACGCAUGAUCCCUUCGAGUUGCUAGAUCCAGCGAACCUGGACGAACUGAAGAUUCCCAAGUGUGCCGAUCAGUUCAUACGAUUGUUGGACGCAAUUAAAGAACGCUACUGCAAUCUACCCCAACCGAGGCAGCAGUUGCAGUUUCUCGAUCUCCAGUUAAAAUUGAUCGAUAACUUUCGGCGACGCCUGGUCCAACUGUACAACGAUGGUGUUAAUGCGACUAAGAUUCUCAACGCCAUCAAUUAUCUCGGUUCCGUGCUGCUCGAGUGGGGUGAAAACGUUCACUACCUUCACCUGCACGUUGCCACUUUCGAUCCGGAUGCCGAUCAGGUAAACUCGGUGUUCGAUGGCGUGAUUGAAGAGCUCGAUCACUGGCAGCGAACGCUGGUGAACGGGCUAGUGACGUGGAUUGUGCACGAAAUAACGGCACGUUCGCGUCCGUACCGCCACGACCUGUGGCCAACGAUGAAGAUCGUGCAGGACGCCAAGGAAACGCUCAUGAUGUCCCCGACGGCAAGCGAAAUGUUUCAGACGACAAUCAGCCACCUGCACGACAUGCACCACGAGCUGUCGGAGAACGUGUUUACGAUUGUGCUGCGCAUGGUCGCGGCACUGCUGGACCAGUGGAUGAUAGCGGACAUGGUGAUGAACACAAAGUUUUCCCCCGGUGGUGCACAGCAAUUUCAAUUCGAUAUGACACGCAACCUGUUCUGCAUGUUCGGGCAGUACGCGCCAAAGCCGAAUGUGUACUUUAAAAAGAUAAAUGAUGCAUGUAUACUGCUUACGUUACCGAUUGGAUCGGCUAUGCUGUUACGGGAAACGCUUCUACGUGAAACGACGGAUGACGACGAUGCAACGCAAGCCUUGCGAGAAGUGGGUAUGACUAUUUUUAACAAAACUGCCGCCCUGGAAGUGCUUGACCGACGAGUGGAUAUGCCGAGAAAUGGUUGAGCAGCAAAAGAAAAGAAAAAACUCUGCAUUAAAACCAAACGUUAAACGUUCCUUCACUUUUUCGGUGUUGGGCACAUUAAAGGAAUGAUAAUGAACACAGCGCUUAGACAGGUUGUUGCUUCUUCCCGCGGCAACAGUUGAUGCUUCGACUGGUCGAGGUGUGCAUUUCGAUCAGUAUUUGAUCGAGAGGUUUGCCCUUUGUCUCGGGCACUAGCGCAAACACGAAUACAACGAACACUGCCGAGCAGGCGGCAAAUAUCCAGAAGGAAA